AUGGCAUCAGCCAGUACCAGCUCAUACCGUCUAGCUGCUCGGCUGCAGCUGCGGUCUUCACAGCCAAGAGCGUUACUCUCCCGCACACCGUCUCGGAUCCUUUCUUUCAGCGCUUCUUCUUCAGCAUCUUGUUCCCGCACGCCUCUGUCCACUAUCCGACAUGCCAGCUCCUCUUCGCAACCCAAUAAGCCCGGCAAAGGCCCCAGAAGUCAGGACGGAUGGUCUCGUCACCGAGCACAAUACAACUACGACCCUUUUACCCUCCAUCCAGAAGAAAAGCACUACACCUACCCACUAGUCACUGCUGACGAUCUCGCAGCUCGCAGCUCCUCCUCUUCUCGCACCGAUGCCAAACCUGCCCCUAAGAUCACAAAUGGCCCAGGCGGUAGACCACGAGAAGUCCGCAUGCUAGCAAGAGACUUCAUUCAUGAUAGUCUGUACAAUCCUAAUUAUGGGUAUUUCACCAAACAGGCUGUGCUUCUUCCCGAUCCUUCUCCCCCCUCCACCACCACCACCACCACCACUACCACCACCACCACCACCUCCUCCUCCUCCUCCGCCUCCGCAACAACGAAAAAAGGGGUGGUGAAAGAAGUAGCCGGCCAGCGCUACACCCAAGAAAUGGGCCUGCUCCGCCCUUCCAACCCCGGUUUCGACUUUAACUCGAUCAAAAACGAAUCCGAGUUCAUGCGUCUACUGGAAGAACGAUACCAUCUUUUCGAAGAACAAAUUUCUAUCCUCGUCCAAACCCACACUAAUGCUACCGGUGCAGCCAAGAAAGAGCGAGAGUUACAAGAGUCGCUCCAAAACGAGCGCCGAGAGCGCCGACAACAACGAAAGAAACAAGAAGAGGGGAAGGUGGAAAAGGUGGCGGAAUACUCAGCAGCAGGAUUAGAAGCCGCCCAACGCAGAGGUCGAGCAAUGGCAAGAUCAGGAGAGGGAGUGCAAGAGAGCGAUGUGCAGAGUAUGGCUGCCAAACAAGUUUGGCAUACCCCAACGCAGAUCUUUCAGCCUUAUUAUGCUCAUGCGUUAGCAAGGUACUUGGUUGCUGAGUAUAAGUUGCAUAAUUAUCCCUACGACGAUCUUGUUAUCUAUGAAUUGGGCGCUGGAUCUGGCGCGCUAGCUCGUGGGAUUCUGGAUUACCUACAAGAACACGAACCAGAGGUGUACACUCGAACACGAUACCGCAUCAUCGAAAUCAGCCCUCGUUUGGCUGAAGAGCAGAAACGAAAGUUGUCGUCUCACUUGGGCAGGGUAGCAGUAGAGAACAGGGACGUGUUGGCUUGGGACGGAGGAGUGGUCCAAGAGCCAUGUUUUGUGAUUGCAUUGGAAGUGUUUGAUAAUCUAGCACAUGAUGUGGUCAGGUUUGGAACCGAAGAUAUGCGUCCCUACCAAGCAGUCGUUUCGAUAGAUGACACAGGGGAUAUGCACGAACUUUUCGAACCGCUACAGGAUCUCCUCAUUAAGCGCUACCUGAAUAUCAUCGGAGCUGGCACAUUGCCCUACGCUUCAUUGGGCAAUAGCUGGACCCGGUUCGUACCAGACGGAGUGAGGAGUGUAAUUGCAAAACACGCUCCUUUCUUUCCCAAUUUGACCGAUCCAGUCUUCAUCCCGACCAACGCUCUUAGGCUGAUCGAGAAGCUAAAGACGCAUUUCCCUUCUCAUCGGAUCAUUAUGUCCGAUUUCGACAGCCUUCCGGACUCUCUAGCCGGUAUCAAUGCGCCAGUGGUACAGACGAGGUACAAGGGGGCGAUGAUCCCCGUUACGACUUAUUUAGUCUUGCAGGGAUUCUUUGACAUUUUCUUCCCCACCAACUUCGAGCAUUUGAAGAAGACCUACAAGGCCGUGCUCAACGAUUCUGCCAGGAGAGGAGGCGAAGGAGAGUUCUUUAGCUCGCAUUUCAACCCAUCAGCUUCCAGAGCAGGUGGGGGAAGGGAAAGAAACUUGAAAGUCUACUCGCACGCAGAGUUCUUGGAAAGGUAUGCGGAAACGGAAAAGUUGCAACUCAGGGAUGGAAGCAAUCCGUUGCUGAGUUGGUAUGCUAAUGCUAGCUGGUUCCUUUCCUAG